AUGUCUUCUAGCAAGCCUUCCGGCCCACAAGCGAACCCUCUCAACAAGAGCGCAGCCAAUCCUCCCUCCUCCCGCUUCCAAUCGUCCUCGGACUCGAACUCGUCCUCUUCUACCGCCAGGAUCUCAUCGCCUCUCAACCCUUCUGCCCCAUUUCCCCACAAAGGAUCCCCUGUCCUUCCCGCACACACACCCUCCCCCGCAUCUGCUCGCUCCGCCCCAGCGGCAACGGUCCCAUCCCAAUCGACCACGUCCGUGCGCUCGCGCGGAGGCUCGGUCUCGACGAUCCGACCUCCAUCGAUCCCCGGCUCCAUCACCCGCGUCGUCUCGAACCCAGUCCCUCCGUCGCUCUCCUCCUCAACGACCACCCUCGGACUCGCGUCGGCGGACUUCCGCUCGCGUUCGCGCGCGUCCUCCGAUGCCCACACAAGUAGAGGGCGCUCCAAGAGCCCCAUCCGCGACAUCUCCGCUUUCUGGCAACCACUCAAAGGAACGCGUGGAGGAGCCGAGACGCCGCCGCACGGAGAGUCGACGAGCUGGUGGACCUCCAGGGAGAUCUCGCUCAGGCCGUGGCGCGAGGGAAAGAAGCAGGUCGUGCCCGCUGAGCAGAGCGAGGGCUACUUGCGCACGCGCGAGCGUCCCCUUGUGGGCUUCCUGGGCUGCGAGUCUCUCUGGUUUUCAUCCGCGCAGACUCGGAUAGAAUUCGAAGAGGCAGCGUCGACCUGUGAAGUUUUUGCGCACCGGUCCCACGUCGCGGAGGCACUCGUCAACGUCUUAGGCUGGGCUGAAGAGAUAGGACACGAGCUGCUGGAGUUGAGCACGGACUUGCUCCGCUUCGCGCCGAUCCCGGGGCUCGAAGAGGCGGCGCGCACGCUGCUCGGAAUCUGGGACGCCCUUCAGAUGGUUGACAUAAACCGCCUCGCUUGUCUCCGUCUCACCGAACGAUGCGCGACGGUCCUCAUCUCGAUCCGAGAGGAAAUCUCGGACGCUGGAGAUGACGUCAGCAUCGAACUGCGCCCGCCAUUGAACCGCCUGGUCGAGUCGUACAAAGAGGUUCACCGCUUCCUCUUCAAGCAGGCCCGUCGACCUUUCAUCAAGCGCUAUCUCCAGCGGGAUGAGAUCGCGCGCAGUCUGUCAGGGUGUCACAACAGCAUCACGGACGCGCUCACGAUGUUCAACACUUCAAUCCAGAUCCGGAUUCUCAAGCAGGUCCUCGCCGCCGAGAAACAACGUCAGGCCGACACCGCGGCCCUCCUCGACUCAAUGCACUCCUCUCAUCCCAGUCCCUCGAUCUCCUCCAGCCCGAAUGUCCUCAUGCUUACCUCCGAACCCGGCGAGAUCGCCGACAUCCAUCUCGAGGAUGCCACGCAUUCUCACUCCCACGUCAUCGCCCAGCUGCAAGCUAUCACCUCGAGGCAGAACGAACGCGAUUCGGUAUACGACACCGCCGACCUGCGACAGCUCAUGCGCACUGCGCUCCAGGCCAACAAUGACCUUGAGAUGAUCCGCAUUUUGCAGGUCGGGCGCGACGAGAUGCCGGAGGCGAUCAAGACGCUGCAGCGCGCGCUGGAGGCGGAGGUCGAGCGCGAGAAUUCGGUGGAUGGUGACAUCCCCGUUGUCGUCUCUACUCCUUCCGCAGCCGUCGCCGAGGUGCAGACCGAGAUUCAAGUGCAAGCGCAACAGAAGACCGGCGGUCUCACGCGCUCCGCGACCGUCCACAGCGAUUCAAGCCACGCGACGAACUCUUCGCACACCAAGAGUUCGCGGGGCGCACCGCGCGACACACUCGACCGGGAGUUCAUUGAGACCGGGAUCGACGCUCUCAGGCGGUUCAGCGGGCACGGCGAGGCGACACUCCCCAGCUGGACGAUCACGCGCUAUGAGGUCGAGCGUGAACAGAAGAUCGGCAUGGGCUUCUUCUCGGACGUGUACCGAGGCACGUGGAGGGACCGCGUUGUGGCGAUCAAGGUCCUCGCGCCGACGACGCCGAAGCAACUGUUUGUCCACGAGAUCGCGAUAUGGAAGACGCUGCAGCACCCCAACGUUCUUGAGCUGCUGGGUGCUUCGUCGGCAUCGAGUGAUCCGCCCUGGUUCUUUGUCAGCCCCUACCUGAAGCAUGGCAGUCUAGUCACGUACCUCAAGGGCCUUUCGUCCCUCGAUGGCGUGGAUCUACUGAAGAUGAUCCACGAGAUUGCGAAGGGCAUGACGUACUUGCACGCGAAGGGCGUCUUGCACGGCGAUCUGAAGGCCGCGAACGUCCUCGUGAAUGACCGCCAUCACUGUGUCAUCUCGGACUUUGGCCAGAGUGAAAUGAAGACAGAGGCGUACCGGGUCAGCGGGUUGCCCCUCCCUCAUGGGACUCUGCGAUGGCAGGCGCCGGAGCUCAUGGCAGGCCUGAGUGGACUUACGCAGGCGGUGGACUUGUAUGCGUUCGCGAUCACCUGUGUCGAACUCCUUACCAAGGGCGCGCUACCUUGGUCGAUGGCGGAUGACGACGCUGUACGGUACUUUGUCCUUCAUGAGAAUAUGCGCCCCGAGCUCCCCCUGCUCCGCGUGUGGUCGUCCCAGCUAUCUGAGAUCCUCGGUCUCUGCUGGCAUCGCGACUCGGGUCUCCGCCCGUCGUUCGAGAAGGUGGACAAACAAGUACAGCAGCUGCGCUCUGUCUACGGAUUGGACUUGAAGGAGUCGCCCGCGCCACGCCCGACAGAGUUGGAGCACCUCAAGACGCGCAAAUCGCCUGACAUGCACCCGAUCCCUCUUCCGCUUCUUCCGCCUGACACCACUGCAUCCUUUGUCGAGGUUGGGUCCGCACCGUCAACGGACGUCUCGUUCAUGACCGCCACCGAGAUGUCUUCCGAGAUGUCGCGUGACGGCCACGGGGAGCGCGUCGAUCAGGAUCCGAGCCGGAGCAGCAGCCGCGCGUCCUCGUCGCUGCACGACAGCCAGUUUGAACGGAUAGAGUACCCGCGACACCUUUCGCCGCCGCCGCCCGACGAGCUAGCGCAGAACGUGCGCGAUGAACGGCGUUACCGGAUGCUGCUGCAGCACGAGUUCCAUCCGUCUCUCACGCUGCCACUAUGGUCACCUGGGCAAAUAGCCAUUGGGGCAGUUGGAUACCAUAGCAAAGCUACCGGCGGAGAGUUCAUCACUUUGUUCAACGCGUUCGAGCCGAUGAAGACCGCGGGUGGGCUCGCCCGCGACAUGCCGUCGCUGUACGGGUAUGGGCGCGUCAACCUUGGCAGUCAACGCCAGGACAAGCGGAACGUCGCGCAGCGCGGGAUGGACCUCAUCCAGUCGUGGCUGACAAGCACGCGCACGCGCGCUGGGGAAGCCAAGUAUUCUCGUCGUUACGCGACUCCGCUGCGCGCUGGGCACAAGGCUGCGCAUCUGUUCACGGAGUCGACAGUGUAUCGGUACAUUGACGACCUCGCGACGCCAAAGAAAUGGCUUAAGGCCAACGUCGACGACAUCCUCAAGCUGUACGGCGCGGAGCAUCACAUCUCAAAAGAGGACUUGCACCUUGUCAUUGGCACUCUCGAGGCGCAGGACUACGCGCUCUUUGUGAGCCAUGACCACCCCGACAGCCAAGUCGAGUUCAAUGUCUUCUCGGCGAUGCGCACCGGCCAGCCGUGGGGCGAAUUUAGGUUCUCGUCUGAUCUCACGGCCUCCUUCCUGGGCGGUGGCCCGCGCUACGAUGACGAGCCCCAGGUCACACACCAGUACACGCCCAAGAUAUCGACGUACGGCAACAACGGCGGGUGGUCAAGUGUGCUCCUCGCUCGGCUGCGUUUCAAGCCAGACUCGCUCGAGCCGACAUCGCAGUAG